GCGGCUCCUUUUCUUACCUAAUAAAUCAACACCAUGAAUGUGUUGUACAACCAGCUUUUUGUUGGUUGUGAACGUGUCUUUCCAGCUUUACAUACCGUAAAACGCUAGUGUGACGGGGAGUUCACUCAUCUCUCUCUGAUUACAAUGAAUCUUUGACGUACAGCACUUUCACUUUCUGUUCUUCUUUUAUUGUUAUUCCAUCUCUUUUUGAUGUUGUUGUUGUUGACUACACACAACUAGUUCAUCAAUAUAAUUCCAAUUCUCCGGAAGUUGCCUCAUUUCCGUAACCCGGGACUGUCAGCUUCUCACCUUUGCGCUUCUUGUUCGGGCCUUUAGGAAAGGAAGAAAGUAUCAGAAAUGGGGCAAAUCAAGAAGGUGAUUUCCCUUCUCGUGAUUGCGGUGCUUGCCAUCGCGGCAAGCGCAAGUGUCACUCUCCGCCAUUGCGAUACGGCUCAAAAAGUAAUCGACGUGGUGACAGACGGCAACGCUAGCCAUUUACUGUUCUUCUACGAUUCUCUUGAUGUGAGCAGCAUGCGAGUGUACAACACUCUGACCUCCCUCAAAACUCAAAAGAAACACGUCGUGGAAGUUCUUGACAUUCGCAACACGCAAACGGGAUGGCUAAUGUCUACCUUUGAGGUGUUUUAUGUUCCAACACUGCGACUUGUCAAGUGGACCGCGAGCGGGAGGAAAAUUCUGGAUGGUACUCAGGGAAUGGAUUUUUCUCCGAUGAGCCUUGCACAGUUUUUAGACCGGUAUUAA